AUGAACAGCACCCCAGCUAUGGCACCUCUGUCUCCAGGGCUGGGUGGCGGCCCCCCGCUGUCCUCUCUGUCCCCCAAGAAGACCACCUUUCAGUCUUUGGGAUCUCUAUCACCAGGGAUGUUCUCCCCUUCGCUUGCUAAGAGCUCCUCUUCUCAGGGGAAACAGGCCUUGACUCCAGCGAGAUCACCCAGCCCGUCCAUUAUGACCUCUCCAAAACUCUGGCAGAAAGCUUCCAUCUCCAGACUUGCUGAGGAGUUUUUCUGGAUUGGUGGGAGUGUGGUCGCACAACCAAAAUGGAGACUGGGUCAGAUAGUGGAGAGGUGUAUGUGCAGCAUGCAGACUGGCACUCAGAUGUCCAAACUGAAGGGGAAGAAGAAGGGGUUGGUCCGGCUCUUCUACCUAGAUGAACACAAGUCCUGCAUCCGGUGGCGACCCUCCAAGAAACAAGACAAGGCCAAAAUAACUAUCGAUUCAAUUCAUGAAGUCUGUGAGGGAAAAAAAUCGGAGAUCUUCCGGCGGUACGCAGACAACCGCUUUGACCCAAACUGCUGCUUCAGUAUUUACUAUGGGGAGCGUGUGAAGUCCCUGGACCUGGUCUCCAACAAUGCAGAUGAGGCCCGAACCUGGAUCACUGGGCUGAAAUACCUCAUGGCCGGCAUCAGUGAUGAAGACUGUCUGGCCCGGAGCCUCACAUGGUUACAGCAGACUUUUUAUGAGGCUGACAAAAAUGGAGAUGGUACCUUGAGCAUUGGAGAAGUUCAUCAGCUGCUGCACAAACUAAAUGUGAAUUUACCCAAGCAGAAAGUCAGGGAGAUGUUUCAGGAGGCAGACACAGACGAUAACCAAGGCUCUCUGGGCUUUGAAGAAUUCUGUUCGUUCUACAAGAUGAUUUCUACACGCAGAGACCUCUACCUGAUACUGAUCUCCUACAGCAAUCAGAAAGAAGUCAUGGAUCUUCAGGACAUUGCCCGCUUUCUGGAGAAUGAACAGAAGAUGCGAGGAGUUGCCAAAGAGCAUCUAAUUGACAUUGUGUCCAGGUUUGAGCCAUGCCCUGAGAAUCUGCAGCACAUGGUGCUGGGUAUUGAUGGCUUCACCAACUUCAUGAGGAGUCCUGCAGGUGACAUCUUCAACCCUGAUCACAAUCAGGUGAACCAGGACAUGACUCAGCCUCUGACUAACUACUUCGUUGCCACUUCACACAACACUUACCUGACAGGAGACCAGCUGCUUUCCCAGUCUCGAGUGGAAAUGUAUGCCUAUGUUCUCCAAGCAGGCUGUCGCUGUGUGGAGGUGGACUGCUGGGAUGGUCCUGACGGAGAACCCAUUAUUCACCAUGGCUACACCUUGACAUCCAAGAUUCUAUUCAAAGAUGUUGUUGAGACAAUCAACAAGUAUGCCUUUACAAAAUCCCAGUAUCCAGUGAUCUUGUCGAUAGAGAACCACUGCACUGUCCCUCAGCAGAAGAAGAUGGCUGAGUAUCUCAAAGAAGUGCUGCAGGACAAACUGGAUCUUUCUACUGUCAACGUACAUGAAUGCAAGAAGCUGCCCUCACCUGAGAUCCUGAAAGGGAAAGUUUUAGUCAAGGGGAAAAAGCUGCCAGCAAACCUUGAUCCUGAUGCAGAGGAGGGAGAUGUAUCUGAUGAAGAUACUGGUGAUGAAGAAGAAGAUGAAGAUGAUGAAGAUGAUGACAAUAAUGCACAGGAUGGGAAUAGCUUCAUCACCUCCAAUUCCAUCAAAAAGAAGAGGCGAUUCGGCAGAUCGAUUGUACGGAGCCUUAAACGAAAGAGGAGAAAGAGAAGUAAGAUGAAGAACAAAGCCACAUCUGACGGCGAGUCAGAUUAUAGCAGCAAGGAGAGGACACAAAUUGUUUACCAUCCUAAGAAGAGGAAAACAAUGAGGUUGUCCAAAGCUUUGUCUGACCUGGUCAAGUACACCAAAUCUGUUCGAGUACAUGACAUAGAAACCCAAGGGCUUACUAACAGCUGGCAGGUAUCAUCUUUAAAUGAGACAGUUAUGAACCAGAUCCUACAACUGAAACCCAUCGAGUUGGUCCGUUUAAACCAACGGCAACUUCUACGAGUCUAUCCAUCAAACUACCGAGUGGACUCAAGCAACUUCAACCCACAGCCGUACUGGAAUGCAGGAUGUCAUAUGGUUGCAAUGAAUUACCAAACAGAAGGACGUAUGCUUGAACUGAACCAAGCCAAGUUCUCAAGCAAUGGAAACUGUGGAUACAUUUUAAAGCCAAAGUGCAUGCGCAAAGCUGCCUUUAACCCAGCCAUGGUGGAUCCUCUGCCAGGAAACAGGAAGACACAGUUAGUGCUGAAAGUCAUCAGUGGUCAGCAGCUUCCCAAACCCAAAGACUCCAUGUUUGGAGACAGAGGAGAGAUUAUAGAUCCCUUUGUUGAGGUUGAGAUAAUCGGUCUACCUGUUGAUUGUUCCAAGCAGCAGACCAGAGUAGUGGAUGAUAAUGGUUUUAACCCCAUGUGGGAGGAGACUCUUGUCUUCGACAUUCAAAUACCGCAGAUGGCCCUGGUGCGUUUCCAGGUGUGGGAUCAUGAUCCUAUUGGAAGAAAUUUCAUUGGACAGAGGACUGUUGCAUUCAUCAGCAUGCUGCCAGGUUUUCGACAUAUUUACCUGGAAGGAAUGGCGGAGUCGUCCAUAUUUGUUCAUGUAGCAAUUAUUGACAUCACAGGAAAGAUCAAAGCAUCAAACGCGGUGCAUGCAGCCAGAAAACACAUCCAAAAAGCAGCCAAGAAACACAUGAAGGGUCAACAAAGGCAAACCUCUCUGGACUCCUCUGUCCUGUCCUCAGAAGACGGACGUUCUCUGUACUUCCGUAAGGAUCUGGACACCAUUUCUCAGGAAAGCUGGAAUGGGGACAUGCCUCCUCUGGUCCUCGGGCCAGCAGCCAAGGCAUCCAUCCACAAAGGGGCUGUGAGUGAGCCACUGAGGCGAGCCCUCAGAGUUAAAAUUCAUGAACCACCGGAGACAAGAAGAGGGAUCUUUAGUCUGAUGUCCUCCACUGACUCCCACCACAUAGAGGCUCCUUCCUGUUUCAGAGCAGAUAGCGUUGACUAUGAGACUUAUUCCCAGGCUUCUUAUCCUGAUGGUUCUGCUCCAGACAGCCAAAAUCGAAUUGAGGAAGAGCUGGAGAAUGAACCAGAGUCAAACUGUGCUGAGCAGGAGACAGUUCAGACAUUUGAACCAGAGGAGCCAGAAGAAUUUGAGGAAUUAUCAACAGGACCACUUCCAGACGAGGAUAUUUAUCUUGAACCUGAGCAACAGCCAGAGACCCAGACAUGGACUGAUUCACUCCCUCUACCCAACCACGUGCCACAGCCUCUGAGCCAGCAAGAAGCUAACUCUUCUCAACCUAUCCCCCCUUCUUCCCCUCCUAGGGUGAGACGAACCUUAGAGGCUCCAGUCACCCCUCUGCCGUCCACACUGAUCCGGACAAAGGCCCGCUCACGCAGCUGCCCUCGGAGACAGGCUUCCUCUCCUCAUACACCGAUAGUAAAACGCAAGCCUGCUCUCCAUUGGCAGACACAGCGAGCCUUUAGUGAGGGCAGCUACCACAGCCGGAUCAGGCCCAUACCCAAUGGCCUCUGCCUGUCUGACAGCUCGUCCAGCAGCAGUGAGGGCAGCACUGACAGUCUGGAGUAUAUGUCCUCCUGCAUGCCAUACGAUGCUGACCACAAUGAAGGUACUCUGCAGAGGGAGAUGAGGGUCCUGUUUGACAGGAGGAUGAGUGAGAUUCGUUGUAAAUCGCCUCUUUUUCUUAAUGGUGAGUCAUAGAUGACAUUUGAACGC